GCUAAAAAUGCAAAUCCUAUGGCGGAAGCUGUUGAACGGAUCAAGAAAUCAAAAACUAAUCCAAACGAGUUAAUCAAAACUUUACCUCAAUUAAAAAUCAGUUCACCAAUAAGUGAAGGGUCUGAAAAUUUUAUGUCCUUUAACACUCCAGAAUUUCCAUCUCCAUUUAGAAAGAAGAAGAAAGACCAAGAAUAA